GUCAAACUUCCCUUUCCUGUAGAUCAAAUCACAGAUCUUCCAAGGAACGAUUUCCAGAUGAUGAUUAAGAUGCACAAGCUAACCUCAGAACAGUUAGAGUUCAUUCACGACGUCCGACGGCGCAGCAAGAACCGCAUCGCGGCCCAGCGCUGCCGCAAGAGGAAACUAGACUGUAUUCAGAAUUUAGAAUGUGAAAUCCGCAAAUUGGUGUGUGAGAAAGAGAAGCUGUUGUCAGAGAGGAACCAGCUGAAAGCCUGCAUGGGGGAGCUGCUGGACAAUUUCUCCUGCCUUUCGCAGGAAGUCUGCCGCGACAUCCAGAGCCCUGAGCAGAUCCAGGCCCUGCAUCGGUACUGCCCCGUCCUCAGACCCGUGGGCCUCCCCGCAGCCUCCAGUAUUAACCCCGCGCCCUUGGGCGUCGAGCAGAACCUGGCCGCCGCGCAGUGUGCGGUGGGCGAAAGCGCGCCCUGCUGCUUGGAGCCCGGAGCGGCUCCCCCCGGCCCCCCCUGGGCCCCCGGCUGCGCCCCGGAGAACUGUACUUCCGGGAGGAGGCCCGAGGGCGCUGAGCCGGGAACCUUCUCAGAGAGGGCGCCUCCUCUUGAAUCCAGGAGCCAGACGGUGACCGUGGACUUCUGCCAGGAGAUGACUGAUAAGUGUACGACUGACGAGCAGCCCCGGAAAGAGUACACCUAG